AUGGCAUCUACGAGCACCUCGUCGGCCCCGCCCCUAGAUAUCGAGCAGAUCACAACCGCAGCGGCAAACCUCAAAACCACACCUCUAACCACUAUCCAGGACUUGAAAAAUCAACCAUGUCUGUGGUACAAAGUUCACGUCUUUGUGUAUGACCUUCGGAAUUUUCGAGAAAUUCCGGAUGCUCAAGCACGGCUCGACCGAAUCAUGGAUGCAUCUUAUAUCGACCUUCCAUAUUUCACGCCCGACGAGGUCCACCUGCUUAAAUCUUCGAUUGUCGAAGGCGAUAAAACACUGGAGGGUAUCAUCGAAGAAACCCUCAAUGAACGCUUGGAGAGACGGAUCAAGAAGAGAGUCGAAAGUGGAGACUUCCGUGUCUGCGCAGCACACGAUCUUGCCCCGAUCUUCGAAAAGGUAUUCGACAUCAAAUCUAAAGACUUAGCAAAGAACGAAGAGUUUCUUACUAUUCUUGGGAGAUCAGGGCUAGAUCUGAAAGACGGUGAUGGUUGGAAGGGCUUGCCUAAAAAAAAAAAUUAA